CCCUAGGCCCGUCGCCUCGAGCCAUCUCCGGCGAGAAUCGUCCGCAUCUCGGGCGCCCGCCCCGUCCACCAUCCUCCUCCGCGCCGCAGCUUCCCGGAUUCCGCCUGCGCCGCCGUACCGGACCCGCAGCACCGCCGCCGCCGCCGCGCUCCCCCGGAGUCAAUCCGCUCCCGAACACGCCCUCAGUUUGUUUUGUAUUUUCGAUUGAUUGAAAUCAAUUAUGCGCCCUCCAUGCUAGAAACGGAGUCGGAAUCCAUCUCCCCGACGGUUUCGUCCCUCUCCGCCGCCCCGCCUAUAUUUAUUGCCUCCCCCUUCUCCUGACCUGCGCAGCCUCCAAUCCAAUCUGACCGCUGUGCCCUAGACCUGCCGCCGCGCCGUAGCUCAGCGCCGCCGCCGACGCCUCACCCCCCAAUUCCACGCGUCGCGGCCGUCGCCGUCUCUGUUCGGCCUCAUCGUCGGUUAAACUCCACUGACCCUCCACCAGUUUCGGCCGGCACGCCGUCUUGAUCCGCCGCUCAGGGGGGGUUUCCCAGGAUUGAACCGUGGAGCCUGGCCCUCCAGCAGCCAGGCGCCGGUGAAGACAAGGAGUCGGUCUGCUUCUGCUGUCCUAGGGUAGUGCGACGUGUAGGCUCAGUUUGAUUCUACUGCUGUAAUAUAUUUUUGGUGUUGUAUUGAACUCUACCUUGUAAAGCUGGUAUCCCCAGCAUUCCCCUUUGCUUUUAUAUAAAGCUUGUACAAUCGACCUUUCAUUGAAAAAUAAAAUAAAUAAUAAUUUGGGAGCCUUGAUGGCGAAGAGCAAUCCUGGUUAUCUUGGCGUCUCCGAGCCAAUCUCAUUAGGCGGGCCAACUGAGAAGGAUGUCGUACAGACAGCCGAGGUCGAAAAGUUUCUUGCUGAUGCGGGCUUGUAUGAGAGUCAAGAGGAGGCUGUCUCGCGAGAAGAGGUCUUAGGCAAACUUGACCAGACUGUGAAAACUUGGAUUAAGAAGGCCACUAGGGUGAGCGGUUAUGGCGAGCAGUUUGUGCAAGAAGCAAAUGCUAAGAUCUUCACAUUUGGUUCAUACCGCCUUGGGGUGCACGGUCCUGGCGCAGAUAUUGACACGCUAUGUGUGGGUCCAAGACAUGCAACUCGAAAUGACUACUUCUUCAGGUGUCUUCACGAUAUGCUAGCCGAGAUGCCAGAAGUUUCUGAAUUACACCCAGUACCAGAUGCUCAUGUGCCUGUUUUGGGUUUCAAACUUUCUGGGGUGUCUAUUGACCUUUUAUAUGCAAACCUUGCACAUGUGGUUAUUCCUGAUGAUCUUGAUCUUUCUCAGGACUCCAUACUGCACAAUGUUGAUGAACAGGCUGUUCGUAGUUUAAAUGGGUGUCGAGUUACUGAUCAAAUCUUACGAUUGGUCCCGAACAUUCCGAGUUUUCGCACAACCUUAAGGUUCAUGAGAUACUGGGGGAAGCGCCGUGGGGUGUACUCAAACGUUAUGGGAUUCUUGGGUGGCAUAAAUUGGGCAAUUCUUGUUGCUCGUAUAUGUCAAUUGUACCCAAAUGCAUCACCCAGCAUGUUGAUAUCUCGUUUUUUCAGAGUCUACAGCCAGUGGAAGUGGCCCAACCCUGUUACACUUUGCCAUAUUGAGGAGGGUCCUCUUGGCCUCCCUGUUUGGGAUCCAAGAAGAAACUUUAGAGACAGGGGCCAUCAGAUGCCUAUAAUUACACCCGCCUAUCCUUGUAUGAAUUCUAGUUAUAACGUAUCUACUAGUACUAGGUAUGUGAUGGUCCAAGAAUUCACACGAGGAUACGAGAUCUGCCAGGCAAUAGAUGAAAAUAGAGCAACCUGGGAUGAUUUAUUUGAGCCAUAUCCAUUUUUUGAAUUAUAUAAAAAUUAUUUGGAGGUUGGUAUCACAGCAAGAAAUGAAGAUGACCUCAGGAAUUGGAAAGGUUGGGUAGAGUCUCGCCUUCGGACGCUUGUAUUAAAGUUUGAACGAUAUACUCAUGAGAUGCUCCUUGCACAUCCGCAUCCCAGAGAUUUCUCAGAUGGAUCCAGGCCGUUGCAUAGUUUUUACUUCAUGGGUCUUUGGAGAAAACAAACCGCCCAACCUCAAGAAGCUGAGCAAUUUGACAUCAGAGGAAUCGUAAAUGAGUUUAAGAGCGCAGUUCUUGCUUAUGCACAUCGGAGAGAAGGAAUGGAUAUUGAAGUGUCCCAUGUAAAAAGAAAAGAUAUCCCUUUGUUUGUUUUUCCUGGUGGGGUGCGCCCUCCUCGGUCUUCCAGAACAGUAGCCAGGAGCAGUCGCACUGUUUCUAGGAAUGCUGUUACAGCUGAUGGUCAAGUUGGAAAUCCAUCGGGCGCUGAAAGUUGGAGUGAUCCUCAAUCUGCCCUAGAUCAUUCUGGUGGCUAUCAAAGUACUUUGUUGGUCCCCAGUGUAUCAAGUAAAGAAACCCAAAGUAUUUUGAAUGGGCAUUCAAAUCUUCACACAGAAUCCCUUGAGCAUGAACAUCCAGGGCACUUUCUUGGAAGUACAUCUGCUCCUGGGAACAUUGCUGUGUUGGAUGUAGUUACACAACCUAAUAGUAUGCCAUCUACUUCAAGCAAUGGUGCUCCAACAAAUGGGCUGGACAUUUGUUUCAAUAGUUUACAUAGGGAAGCUGAGGGGAUUCCUGCAAAUAAUCCUGUGAAUUUCUCUCCGGCUGUGGUUGAUGAGCUUGAUGAGCUGGCAUCAUAUCAAGCUAAGCCUGACAAUAAGCAUGUGCCUUCUGUUCAUGAAUCAUCUUUGGAAAGAUGUUCUGGAAGGACCGUGGGGCAAACAUGUAAUUUGAGUUCUCAUGGUAAUAAUCAUCUGAAGCGCAAGGCUGAGGAAGAGCUGGAGCCACUUGAGCUUGCUGGCCCACCAGUUGCCGCCACUCGUGCAUCAACAUCAACCGUUCAAAGAAAGCCCCUCAGGCUUAGAUUGUCAACUGUGCCGCAACCAAAACAAGCUGAAUGAAGCUCCGGAAUCCAACACCAGGCCAACGCGUCGUGAAGAUACCGAGGAUAGGACAAUUCCAGCGAGAGCUUUCAAUUUUUCAUUUUAUUAUGUUCAAAUGUAAACAUCCACUGUAGGCCAUUGUAAGCCAACUUUUCUGCCACGGAAAAAGUACAAGAGAAAAUGUUGUAAUUUACGACCUUUUUAACCGUGGCACAUGCUGUUUGCGAUCUUGGAAUCUUUUCAUCUUUGCUUGGAUUGUGUAUUCACUGUAAAAGACAUAUGCUCUGCUAAUAUAUAAUUAUUAUUUGUCAAUAAA